AGUUCUUUGGUUCCAUUUGGCUCAGCGCACGCACGCUUUGAUUGACCUGCGUCCGAGAGCUUCCAGCAGCGGCGCGGCUGCGGGCCAAUGUCCAGAGCGAUGGGGCGCCGGAAGCUGCUCGUGACCGUGGUGAUCUUCGUGAUGGUCGGCUGCCCAAGCUUAGCGUGGAUGGCACGACCUGGCUUCCGCAGCUUCACGGGGCAAAAAAGCAGCGAGGUAGUGAGAUGGAGACAGCUUCAAGUUCCGCAGGCGACGCAGGCUGACAACUCGGAGCUGGCGGGCGGCACUGCGCUGGCCACUGAGACGCCGAAGAAGGCCACCGUGAUGAGCACCGGAGUGGCCUUAGCCAAAGGCAUGUUGGGCAGUGGCGCCUUGUCACUCUCGGCGGGGGCAGCUGCCUUCACACAUACCUCGCAGGGGCUGGGUGUGGCGACAUUGAUCAUUUUGGGCAUGACAAUGCUUUCCGGCUAUACCUUUCAGAUGGUCGCAGAGAGCAGCGCAGACACCGGGGCAGGCGACUUUGGGAAUACCUGGGCGCAGAGCGUGGGAAAGUCUACAGCUUGGCUUCCGCGCAUGGCAGUGGGUAUCAUGUCCUUCACCACCUGCACCGUUUAUGCCAUGAUCCUGGCUGACUUGACCUCGUCUAUCUUGCAGACCUGCCUGGCAGCACUGCCAGCACUAGGUGCAUUGAAGCCCUUCGUCGCGCGCACGCCGACGUUGAUCGGCCUCACGGUCUUCGUGCUGCUGCCACUGUGCCUGGCAGAGGACUUUUCGAGCCUCGCUUUCACUUCCACCCUGGGCUUGGCAGCUUGCGCCUACUUGGCACUCUUCUCCAUUUGGAGGGCCGUGGAUGGUUCUUAUCUUCCCGGUGGCAAGUUCUUCCGGCUAGCGCCCUACACGCCUUGCCCCCUGUGCGGUGCUAGAGAACUCAACGAUAUCGUGAACCCUCGAGCCUUGAUCUUCCUCUCGAGCAUUAGCACCGCCUACAUGAAUCAUGGUAUGGCACCAGCCACUUUCCAGGAACUCAACAGGGGCGUGGAGAGGUCGGAAGGCUUACGACGCUAUGCGUUGGCUGUGCUGGGCGCCUUUGGCUUGGCAGGUUUUGUGUGCACAGCACUGAUGAUUGCAGGCCUCUACACCUUUGGAGACAAUGUGAAUGGAUUGCUGCUGUCCAACUAUGCUGGAACAGAUCUGGCCGCAGCACUUGGAAAGAUGGGUGUUUUGCUCAGUGUCCUCUUCGGCUUCCCCUUGAACUUCCUCCUGCUGCGGACUGAGGUCGCUGCCAUUGUGAGCAAGACCAGAGGUCAGUUGGAUCAGAAUGAGCGGCGAUUGCUGUCGUCCGGAUUGCUGCUAGCGACAGCGCUGCCAGCUCUGGUCCUCAAGGACAUCGGUGUGGUGCAAGCGACGCUGGGUGCCAUUUUCGGCAGCUAUUUGGUCUUCAUUGCACCUGCGGCCAUGUCACGGGGCCUUCGAAAGCAGAAACGGCUCCGAAACCGGGGCCGGUCAGUGGUGGAGGUGUUGCUCGCAGCGCUUCUGGGCGGACUUUCAGUUCUGGGAUGGCUGGGAUGGGAAGUGGCGGUACGUGGUGGGGUGGGGAUUGAGAUGUUUGUGGUAGACGAGGACCUCAGCAGAUUCAGUCCUCAACAGGUUGAGCUGGGACUUUUGGGAGCAAAUGCUGUGCCAAGGUGGAACACCCACGUUUCGACAUGUUUCGACAUCCAAUAACAAUUGUCAUCAAGUGUCGCGGCCCUGUGAUGGUUCAUGCUUGAAAGCUUUUGAGAAAGAGCCAAAUUACAUGAGGUCUGGAAAGAUGGAACCCCUUUUGUUUGAGACGUGGGGACCUUGGGAGUGGCAGCUCUGCCAGGUUUGUUCUGAGCGAUGGCCUCCAACCGAAUGAUUUUGUGCUCGACCGCGAGCGACCCGAGGUGCGGCGUGACCUUGGGCCUUUUGGGGCUCGUCAUCAAUCUCCGCCGCAGCCUGUAGGCAGGGCGAGAUGCAGAAAUCCACCACCUACAUCCACCUGCAUGCCUGUAGUAUCCUGUAGUU